AUGUCCGUCGUUUCACUUCUUGGCGUUAAGGUGCUAAACAACCCCGCCGCUUUCUCUGAUCCGUACAAGUUCGAGAUCACGUUUGAGUGCCUCGAACAAUUGCAAAAGGAUCUCGAAUGGAAAUUGACCUAUGUCGGAUCCGCCACUUCAUCCGAACAUGACCAGGAACUCGAUUCUUUGCUUGUCGGCCCUGUCCCCGUCGGUGUGAACAAAUUCAUCUUCGAAGCAGACGCACCCGACCUUAAGAACAUCCCGCAAACCGAGAUUCUCGGCGUCACGGUGAUCCUGCUCACUUGCAGUUACGAUGGCCGCGAAUUUGUCCGGGUUGGAUAUUACGUGAACAACGAGUACGACUCGGAAGAGCUCAUCGCGGACCCCCCAGCCAAGCCUGUCAUCGAACGCGUGCGCCGCAACGUGUUGGCCGAGAAGCCCCGUGUGACUCGAUUUGCCAUCAAGUGGGACUCGGAAGAGUCUGCUCCUGCCGAGUAUCCUCCUGACCAGCCAGAGGCCGAUGUUUUGGAUGACGGAGACGGAUAUGGAGCUGAAGAGGUGGAGUUGGAAAACGCCUUGAUCAAGGAACUCGAAGACGCCGAGGGCCAAAAUGGCGAGGCCGAAGUGGGCGAAGACCACGAAAUGGACGGCGCCGAGAACACUACUGGUGUUGCCGAUGACGACGCGUCUGACGCAGGCAGUGAAGAUCUUGAAGCCGAAAGCAGUGAUGACGACGAGGAGGACCUCGACGAAGAAGAAGCCGGCGAGGACGAUGUCGAGAUGGGAGACGAUGCCAACGCUGCUGCUGCUCAACAACCCCCGCAUCAACCCGAAGUCAUGGUUCACUAG